GUGGCUUUGUACUAUACAUCCGCUCCCAUGAAUAAAUCAUACGCCUUCGCACAGGCUCAUGUGGCGAUACUUCCUGCAUUGGUCGAUGUAGUACUACAGCAAGUGAUGCAGAGUGGCCGUUGCAGCGCGGGCAUCGGAGGACAUCUGUCCGCUCGGCACAGGGAGCCACUGACAAGCCAAAUAACAUACUAUGGACCGGGCCGUGGACUCAAAUGCAGCGUGAGAAUAUCCAAUGUACGCUGCAUACUGUGACUGCUGCCCAACGUUGACACUACAGUUUUCAGCGCAUGGUGUAUAGCUUGUCGUACAUCUGAUUAUCAAGGUCUUUCUCACGCAGCUCCCUCCUACUUUCUCCUUUCGAGUUGGUUAUCGACGACGCUCGACGAGAUCUAGAUGGUAGAUGCCGCGACUAUGCACACAAUCUCCACGAAAACAA